UUUUAAAAAGUGUUUGCCAGACUAUGUUUAAUUAAAAUCAAUAUGAAACGCAUUGUAUUUAUUUCACUGCUAUUACUUGUCACGCAAUUUGUCGAAUCGCAGGCGGCGGCAUUUUCUGUUCGCCAAAACCGCUUCGAUGAAGUUCCAGACUUACAAACUCCAGCACCAGAGGCCAGUUCCACGGAAACUACUGAGAAAUCUGAAAAAGCCACAAGCGGUCUACUGAAAAAAUGUGAAAAAUGUAAGGAAGGCAUAAAAUGUGUGCCCCAAAUCCAGUGUCCUGCCCACGUUCGCAUGGAAAGCCAUGAAAAACCGCAGAUUUGCGAUCUGCCGGCUGGGAAAUUUGGCUACUGCUGCCAGACGGGACAGAACCACACCGGUCCACGUUUGGAAUCAUCAUCCAAAGAGAGGCGAUCCGGAUUUCCCACCAUCUUGUCCCCUUCUGUUUUGGAUGAGGCGCGUCGCAAUUUCGAGCACUUGAUGCAUGGAGUGGCACAGAUUCCUGUUCGGCGAGGGUUUCCCGAUUUUGCCCACGGCCUGGUGUUCCAUUCGACGGCCAAGGAUGAUUUGCACAAUUUUGCCAUUUCAAACAGUGCCAUCGAACAGGUGAUGACCACUCAGUUGUUUGGCAAAAAGGAGCAGGUUCCCGUGGACGAUUUUAUUACCAACAAUGUGCCGAUCAAGUUUACGGAAACUCCGUUGGCUCAGCACUGUCAGUCGAAUCCGAUUUGCCGGGACGUCCGAUCAGUAUAUCGCAGUUUCGAUGGCACCUGCAAUAACCCCCUGCCCGAAAGGUCGCUAUGGGGUGCUGCUGGUCAGCCCAUGGAGCGCCUACUGCCCCCCGCUUAUGAAGAUGGCGUCUGGACACCGCGGGCCCACUCCUCUGAUGGAACUCCUCUGUUAGGCGCCCGCAAGAUCUCACGCACUUUGCUCACGGACGUUGAUCGUCCACAUCCCAUGUACAAUCUCCUGGUGAUGCAGUUUGGACAGGUCCUGGCACAUGACAUUUCUCAAACUUCUUCGGUGCGCCUCGAGGAUGGAAACCUGGUGCAAUGCUGUUCCCCCGAGGGAAAGACCGCUCUGAGUCCACAGCAAAGCCACUUCGCCUGCAUGCCGAUACACGUUGAGCCGGAUGAUGAGUUCUUCGCAGCCUUUGGAGUGCGUUGUUUGAACUUUGUAAGGUUGUCGCUGGUGCCCAGUCCAGAUUGCCAACUGGGAUAUGGCAAACAGAUGAGCAAAGUGACGCACUUUGUGGACGCUUCGCCGGUUUACGGAUCAAGCGAUGAGGCAUCUCGUAGCCUGAGAGCCUUCCGGGGCGGCCGUCUGCGAAUGAUGAAUGAUUUCGGACGAGAUCUCCUGCCCCUGACGAACGACAAGAAGGCAUGUCCCAGCGAGGAAGCCGGAAAGUCUUGUUUCCACUCGGGAGACGGACGCACUAAUCAGAUUAUAUCUUUGAUUACCCUUCAAAUUCUGCUGGCCCGCGAGCACAACCGUGUGGCAGACGCGUUGAACCAACUUAAUCCAUCUGCCAGCGACGAAUGGCUUUUCCAGGAGGCUCGACGCAUCGUUGUUGCCGAGAUGCAGCACAUCACCUACAACGAGUUUUUGCCAAUAAUUAUUGGGCCGCAGCAGAUGAAGCGCUUCCGUUUGGUACCACUGCAUCAGGGCUACGCUCACGAUUACAAUGUCAAUGUGAAUCCGGCUAUAACCAACGAAUUCUCAGGCGCUGCCUAUCGCAUGGGCCAUUCCAGUGUCGACGGCAAGUUUCAAAUACGUCAGGAGCAUGGACAUAUCGAUGAAGUGGUUAAUAUCCCGGAUGUGAUGUUUAAUCCAUCGCGGAUGCGCAAACGCGAGUUCUACGACGAUAUGCUUCGCACUCUUUACAGCCAGCCCAUGCAGCAGGUGGACAGCUCAAUCAGCCAGGGGCUUAGUCGUUUCCUGUUCCGCGGAGACAAUCCCUUUGGCCUGGAUCUAGCUGCUAUAAAUAUUCAGCGAGGACGCGACCAAGGACUGCGCAGCUACAAUGACUACUUGGAAUUGAUGGGGGCGUCCAAACUGCAGAGCUUCCAGCAGUUUCCCAGUGAAAUUGGCCAGAAGCUUUCGCGCGUUUACCGCACCCCGGAUGACAUUGACCUGUGGGUGGGCGGUCUGCUGGAGAGGGCCGUCGACGGUGGCGUUGUGGGAGUGACCUUUGCCGAAAUCAUUGCCGAUCAAUUUGCACGCUUUAAGCAGGGCGAUCGGUACUACUAUGAGUACGAUAAGGGGGUCAAUCCUGGUGCCUUUACCCCACCGCAAUUGCAGGAACUGCGCAAGGUGACGUUGGCCCGCCUGCUGUGCGACAAUUCCGAUCGCCUCACACUUCAGGCAGUGCCAUUGGCCGCAUUCAUACGGGCUGAUCAUCCCGGCAACCAAAUGAUUGGCUGUGAUGAUCCCAGCCUGCCUGCUGUUAACUUGGAGGCAUGGCGCACCUGAAAUCAUUUUAAAAUCCAUUUUUAAUUUAUUUAUCGAGCUUUUAAACUGUUUUUAUAUAUGCGAAUGUUUCGCCGAAUUGUUUAUCCCCGUUUUAUGUAACUGCGGCUUAUCAAAGAAACCAAAAUAAAGCCACACUGAAUUGGAUCACA